AUGACUAAACAAAAUCAUGAAAUAUCAAUUGAUUAUCCAUAUACAAAAUCAAAUUUUUCAAUAAAACUUAUAUUCGAUAUUUUAACUCCACGACCUCAUUUUAUUAUUAUUCAUCAUGAAAAAUAUCGUAAAUUAAAUGCAACUGAAAAUGAAAUUCAACAAAUUAUAGAACUUAUUUCAGAAUUUCUUCUUUCAAAACCACAAUAUGAUAAUAAUGCUAUUCUAUCAUUUCAUUGUGGAAAAUGGUAUCAACAAAAUCAUAAACAUUUUCAUGCACAUUUAUGUGUACCAAAAAAACCUUAUUGUCAAGAAGCAAAAAUAAUGAUAACAUCAAAAACAACAAAUAAUCAUUGGUUAUCAUCAAUAGAUUAUUUAAAUCAAUUACAUAAAGAUUUUAUUUUAUCAAAAAUAAAAUAUAAUCAUUAUCAAAAUAAAUGUAUAUCAAUGGCAUAUUUAUGUUUUAAUGAUCCUAUAUCAUAUUAUGUACCACUUUAUGAAUUUAAUACAUCAAAAUUUUCACUUGUUUUUCUUGCAUCAUCACCACGAAUUGGUAUUAUAGCAAAAAAGACAAAUAUUGAUUUAAAAAUUUUAUAUUAUUUUAUGAAUAAUUUUUAUUUAUUAGUAAGAAAAAAACUUUCAUUAAUUAAUUCAUUAUAUGAAAAUUUUGGUGUUCAUUUAUGUUUAUAUGUUCGUGGAAGAAAAAAAAAUCAAACAUAUUUAUGUGAACGUUAUGAUCGAAUUUUAAUUAAUGAUAGUAAUCAAAUAAAAUUAGUACGUAUUGUUGGUUAUAUACAAAUGGAUGAACAACUUUAUCUUCGUUGGUUACCAACAAUUUUUCAUCAAAUUUGGUUAAAUGAAUUUCGAAAAAGUCAACAUCUUGUUCAAACAUAA